CUAGGUGAUCCUGAUGAUUAUACUUUAAGAAAGGUAGAAGCAAAUGUUGUAAUUCCCAAACGAGUUAAAGAAAGAGCUAAAGAUGAAAAAUGUCGAGAUCAAUACAGAACACUAGCCUACUGUGCCCGAGAACAUGGAAUGUUUGUUAUGUGGAGAUGUAAAUCAGAGGCCAGAAAACUUGAAAGAUGUUUAAAACAUUGGAUAAACAAUGAAGAUUUUGUACAGGAAACUAAAGACCAGUAUUUAGAAGAUCGUAGAUUUUAUCGUACCACAGGCAUUAGUAGAAAAGAG